UGAUAUUUUUUCUAUUUCAGACAAGCUAAAGUUAGAGAGAGGAACAGGGAGGGAAGGAGAUGAGAGCAGUGGUCUUGGUGUUCUUGGUGCUGUUCGGUUUGAGCUGCUUAGGGGAGGAGAGAGGAUGUGAGGCGCAGAAGCUGGUGCAAGAUGAAGUUACUGCUCUCCAAAAAAUCGCACUGAAGUUGCAGAAGGAAUGGAACUUCUCCGUAGAUCCUUGCAGUGGAAGUGAGGGAUGGAAAGAUCCUUGGGUCAGUAACUACAUUGCCAACAAUGUCAACUGCAGUUGCAAUGCUACCCUCUGUCAUGUAACUAGCAUAGAGCUCAAGAGUCAGAAUCUUUCAGGUGAACUGCCAUCUGAGCUCGCUAAUCUUACCCAUCUAAAUUUUUUAGAUCUCUCUAGGAACUACCUCAAUGGAUCAAUUCCUGCAUCCUGGGCUUCUCUUCCUCUAACUAACCUGACUCUUCUUGGAAACCGCAUCUCCGGAAGAAUCCCAGAGGAGCUGGGAAGCAUGUCUACUUUACUGUCAUUUGUGUUGGAGGAUAACCAGAUGGAAGGCCCGAUUCCAGCAACACUAAGUAAACUUACUAUGUUAAAUCGGCUGUUUCUAACAGGUAAUAAUUUCUCUGGACAGUUGCCAGAGUCCCUUGGCAAUCUUAAGAACAUGAAAGACAUGAGAAUAGAUGGGAAUCCAAUUUCAGGGAAAAUCCCCGACUUCAUUGGCAACUGGAGUCAACUCCAAAGAUUAGACAUGCAAGGAACUUCUUUAGAAGGACCCUUUCCUCCCAGCUUUGCCAAAUUGAGCUCCAUAACCGAGCUGAGGGUUAGUGACUUGAAAGGGGGAGAUGGUAAAUUUCCUCCACUACAUAAUAUGAACGGCAUGAAAGAACUGGUCUUGAGGAACUUAUCAAUAUCUGGUCAAAUUCCCUAUUACAUUGGAGAUAUGCCCCUCAAAUUAUUAGAUUUAAGCUUCAACAAGCUGAGCGGCACUAUUCCUAGUAAUUUCGUUAAGCUGCAAAAUUAUAUUACUAAUAUGUACAUUACUAAUAACAUGCUACAAGGAUCGAUACCCAAUUGGAUCUUCACCAGCAAAGAAUACUUGGAUUUAUCUUAUAACAAUUUCACAGGAUCCCCAGCACCAACAACUUGCCAACAAGGAAAUGUUAAUUUUCUUUCGAGCUAUUCAUCCACAAAUAGCAACAAGAUACUAAGAUGCUUACAGAGAAAUAUUCCUUGCUCAGAAAAUCCAAAUUUCAACUUGUUCAUAAAUUGUGGGGGUGGCAAAGUUACUAUUGGAGAUGAUGAAUACGAAGAUGAUGAUACAUCACCACUUGGAGCAGCAAUCUAUUCUCAAAGUGAGAGUGGAAAAUGGGCUUAUAGUAGCACAGGAUCUUUUGUGGGCAAGGAUAAAGCCCAAUAUAUUGCAAUCAAUACAUCAACGUUGAAUACCUCCAACCCUGAGUUGUAUAUUAGAGCUCGGCUCAGUCCCCUAUCUCUUAAGUAUUAUGGGCUUUGCUUACAGAACGGAAGCUAUAAUGUGAGUCUACAUUUUGCUGAGAUAAUAUUCACGGAUGAUCAAACCUUUUAUAGUGUUGGAAGACGAGUAUUUGAUGUAUCAAUCCAGGGAGAAAAAGUUUUGGAGGACUUUGAUAUUGCAAAAGAAGCUGACGGGACGGGAAAGACAAUCAUUAAGAACUUCACUGCGAAUGUUAAUGGCACUUUGGAGAUUCACUUCUACUGGGCUGGGAAAGGAACUCGCUCUGUUCCGCAUAAAGGUGUAUAUGGACCUCUUAUAUCAGCUAUUUCAGUCACACCAAACUUUGUGCCCAAGCUGCCUGACACCGGGAAGCACAAACUGUCAGUGGGGAAAAUCUUGAGUAUUGCUGCUUCGGCUUGUGCAGCGAUAUUUCUGUCAGUCGUUCUGCUUUGGCUUUGCUGGAGAAGGAAGAAUGUCGAAGAUAAUGAACUCAAAGGACUUGAGUUACAGACUAGUAUCUUCAGCUUGAAACAGAUUAAAGCUGCAACCAAUAACUUUGAUCCUUUGAAUAAGAUAGGUGAAGGGGGGUUUGGCCCAGUUUACAAGGGAGUGCUGCCCAAUUGUUUGCUUAUUGCUGUGAAACAACUAUCUUCCAAGUCUAGACAAGGAAACCGUGAAUUUAUAAAUGAAAUUGGUAUGAUAUCUGCAAUACAACACCCCAAUUUAGUGAAGCUCUAUGGAUGUUGUACUGAAGGAAACCAAUUACUCCUCAUAUACGAAUAUAUGGAAAAUAAUAGCCUUGCCCGGGCUUUAUUUGGUCCUGAAAGAUGUCGCUUGGAACUUGAUUGGCCAGCGAGGUGUAAAAUUUGCCUAGGAAUAGCAAGGGGUUUGGCAUAUCUACACGAAGAGUCAAGGAUAAAGAUUGUUCAUAGAGACAUUAAGGCAACCAAUAUUCUUCUUGAUGAAGAUCUAAAUGCAAAGAUAUCGGAUUUCGGUUUAGCCAAACUUGAUGAACAAGAAAAUACCCAUAUCAGCACCAGGAUAGCAGGCACUAUAGGAUAUAUGGCUCCGGAAUAUGCAAUGCGGGGAUACUUGACGGACAAAGCAGAUGUUUACAGCUUCGGAGUUGUAAUGCUGGAAAUUGUUAGUGGAGUGAGCAACACAAACUACAGGCCUCAAGAGGACUUUACUUAUCUUCUUGAUUGGGCGUAUGUUCUAGAAGAGGAAGGAAGACUACUAGAACUUGUCGACCAAAACCUCGGUUUAAACUACUCAAAGGAAGAGGCAUUACGAAUGUUGAACUUGUCUCUCAUAUGCACCAACCAAUCUCUAACUCUUAGGCCUCCGAUGUCCAUGGUAGUUAGCAUGCUUGAUGGCGAAAUUCCGGUGCAAGCUCCAUCAAAGAUUCCUUCUAAUCAAAAGAAUGAGGGCUUUAAGUUCAGGUCCUUUGAAAAUAUAUCCCACUAUAGCCAAUCUCAGACCGUAUCGAAAGAUGUGCCAUACAGUGAGUUGUCAAUAUCCGUUAACAGUAGGGAAGAUGGAGUUUCUUGUUCCUCGUCAAGUAAGCUUCUCUCUGAGAGUUAGGGGCUGUUUGGUUGUUGUCGGUAAAGUUGUGUAUUUAUGACACAACUUGGAAAGUUGUUAUUCAAAUCAUCAAUUUUA